AUGGCAGCGCCCAUACAAACACUUUUGGUUGGCUUUUUCUUGACAUUUUCGACGCCUUUGUGCUGUGCGCUCUUCCCUCAAAAAACACCCAUUUCGGUGAAAUCUCUUGAACCUGAACUACAGUUGAAAAUUGCUGGCCUCAAAAACCCACCUGAAGUCGUCUACUACAACAAGGGUUUGUGA